AUGGCUGCCGAGUUCUGCAUUCAGAAAGUGGAAGAAUACAGAAAGCUCAUUCGUCAUAAUGAGACAUUCAUGUUGGUUUUUUGUGUUUUAAACUUAAUAUUUCCACUUGUGGCAGUUCUUGGGAAUCUCCUUGUUAUCCGUGCCUUGUGGAAAUCAUCGUCGAUUCCAGCCAAUUUAAGAAAGUUAUUCUUGAGUCUCGCUGUCUCUGAUCUCGCUGUUGGUUUGCUGGCUCAAUUAAUGUUCGGUGUAAUUAACGCAGUUAUGUUAAAGAUGGCGGAAGAUGGAAAUUAUGACAUCAGUUUCCUCUGUCCAACUAUUUCAAAGGCACGUUUUUUCUGGUUACUUUUCCUAACUUCUGCGUCGUUUUUGACAAUAUCCGGCAUUGCAGUGGAUAGACUUCUCGCCAUUUCUCUCCAUCUCCGAUAUCAGGAGCUAGUAACUUCAAGAAAGAUUGUUUUGGCUUUGGCCGCGUCAUGGUUGGCUAGUGCUGUCACGGCUUCUAUAUUUGUCGUCCUUCCUGAAAAAAAUACUCUUGUUGUCAUCGUUGUAGGUUUUGUUGGAUUUGUCGUAACAACAGCGGCGUACAUACGCAUUUAUAAAGUUGUGAGGUAUCAUCGGGCUCAAUUGCAGGCUCAGAGAGGAAGGUCAGAAGUUAAUUCAAUAGCCUUUCUCCGAGAGGGAAAGUCGGCCCUGAAUACUUUAUACGUCUAUAUAGUUUACUUCGUUUGUUAUUUCCCCUAUUUGUGUACUUUAGCCAUUUUGACAACAGAUAGUCUCAAUAUGUCAUUUAUACUCGCGAACCAUGUUUCGUUUUUCUUGACUCUUCUGAACUCUUCAUUAAACCCUUUGGUUUACUGCUGGCGAUAUCGGGAGAUUCGUGAAAAUGUUAUAAGAAUGGUAAAGAAACUAUUUUGCUUUCCAGCAACUGAACAUUAAAGGAUGGAAUUGAAGAUGAUAAGCCAACAGGAUAAGACUUUCAGAGCGCCAUAUUUCCUCCAUUCCCUCUCAUCAUCCUUUUAUUAAUAUAUUCUCUACUGAUUGUCUUACUCAUUUGGCAAUUUAUUUAACUUUACCAAUUUUUUUCUUCUUUCGUUUCUUCUUCCCUUCUUUUCCUAUGGGGCUAGAUUCAGCCCCAACACCGGUGGUUUUUGUUUCGUCUUUUAGAUGCCCAUUUGCUUCUCGUUUUCUUCUCGAGUUAUUCAUUUUUGUUUCUUUUUCAGAAGACGACUUGAAAGUCAACAUAAUUUAAAUUUUCUAAUUUUACCUCUCAAUAAAUAAAGCGAUGAGAUGUUAAGAGAAUCUGUCAAGAGGACUAAGUUUAAUACUAGAAAGGUCGAUUGCGCAUGUUUAUAAUGGCAAUUUUUAUCUGAUAGCUACCUGUGUAACCUUUAAUUAUAGUCACCGAACAUCAUUCAAACAUUACACCGGUAACUUACCGUGACAAGUUAGAGAGGAUUGCGUUACAAACACCCUUAAUGUCUGGGGACUUUUUAGCUAACGCACUCCCCUGGAUUCGCGUCACUCCUUCCUUGAGCUGAUCUAUCCGUAAUACUGCUGCAGCCUAAAAGAAACGAGAUACAAUUUACCUCUAAUCACAAUAUGAGAACUACACAACGAGCUACAUGUGAAAGUCAACCUUCUCCAUCCUAAGUCAUCUUUCCUCCAUUUAGAUUCGUUAUUAUCGUUUAUCCAGUUUACUAAACGAAUAUUCUGUAUUCUCCUUCAAGUUACAAAGAGUUUCGCAUGACACGCAGUUGCUCGAAAAAUCAAGAUCCCCGAUCCAGGUAAACAAAGAGGAAAGAGGAAACUAUUUUCACAAUCGCUUCACAAAUCAAGAAAACUCCAACAUUGAAUUUAUCCAGCUUUCACUUUGCCAAAACACCAUGAACAUCCAACCUCUUCCGUAUUUUUUACUUCAUUGAUGAACUUUGUGGUGAGUUUAAGAAUUUCUCGAAGAUGUCUCAUCUUCACAUCUGAAUCGGAUUCAGCGACCUUGGUCAUUACCUUGGAAAGAGAAUAAAGUAGUUUUCGACAGUUGACAUAAAAUAACGCCAACUAAUGGUGUUAUGCAUGCCGCCACUUCCACUAUUAAAUAAACUGCGCUUCUUCAUACAAUGUGACAAUUCACUCUGAGUAAGAUCACCGGCGAUCAAACUUGGAACCACUCAGAGUUACUACUUUAAAAAAGCACGAAAAGAAAAAAGUUUUCUUGGUAGUUACUAACAGUAAAUGGUUUGAACCGGGGAAAAACAUGUGAUUUUGUAGUCUGAUUGUCCGAUUGAUUAUAGUCCUGAGCAGGAUUGUUAUCAGGUAGUAGUAACAAAAGUUUCGAAAGCUGUAAAGAAAUUCAUCAUCAAAUUCAAGCUACAAUGAGUCCCUUGACUAAGACGAUAACCUCCGCUCAAGUUGUCGAAAAGUCAGUCAAAGUUAACGACAACAGUCCUUCCCACAGCAACUCUCCACUGGACGAUCAGACUAUACGAUGCAAGUUUGUUUGAAAUUUUGCUUCGGGAAAGUUGUUUUCCUUUUGAAAUGUAUACUAUUCUUGUUUUUAUCGUAUUUGCUAUUCCUUGGACUUUUCUCAUGCUUUUGUUAGCUUCACAGACGAUGAAAAAUGGCAGGUACUUACUGAGUUCAAAGUCGUUUGUAUAGAUGGAGCGAGAUUUCUUAUAAGAGUGGAAUGGUCUGGAGUCUAAGAAGGAAAAAAGAAACGAAGAAAAAUAAGGCAAGGAAAAGAAAAGUAGCAACAAACGACAAAUGAGUCAACAAAUAUCACCCGUGAUUUUCUCUCUAUUAACCUUUUGCGACAUCAACUGUAAGAGCAUCAAACAUGCUUGACUCUGAAACGUAAAACAAUAAAAGGCAAUAUCGAUAAAGCAUACUCGUUCUGAGAUAAAUAUUAGUUCAAAUGAGGGAUUUUACAAAACUAGCUAUUUACCGCUCAGUUGUACGAUCUGGAUAAUAAACUACAAAGGCUAAACACAAGGAAUACAACAGUUUAUAUUUGAUAUUAUUAUGUACCUACCUUUCUGAAAUUGUUAACUGCAGUUACAAGGUAUUCAACUAAAUCUGCAGCUAAAUGCCAUUAAUUUUCCUCAAUGCAUGAAUGUCAUUAAAAAAUGAACAAAUUUAUGGUAGAAAUGAGAAAUAAGAAAUAAAACUGACCCACUAUUUUAUGAGCUAGGACUUUCAACUACACUCAAAAUAUUUCUCUUGUGAAUUUCCUCGAAAAACUUUACCAUAGCAAAUUUGGCGGAUAAGGAAGAGUUCUGUAGCAAUAUAGAAUGAAAUAUGUAAAGCAACAUCUGCAGAAGUCAAUUUAAAAUAUCAGUCAUUUUUUAAAAAUAAAUUCAUAUUUACAUGAGGUAUUUUCCCUUUAAUAUUUCAUGUUCAUAAAGUCAUGUUAAGUUUACCUUGAGUUCAACAUGGUUUCCUCCUCUUGUUCUCAGAAGCUUGAAAGAUUCCAAGAACUUGUUCUUUUUCACGCCACGUUCGUGCUUAACUUUACCAUUUUAAACUUGACAUUUUCGAUCGUGGCACUCGUUGGAAACCUCCUUGUCAUUAGUGCAUUGUGGAGAUCCUCUUCGAUACCAUCCACAUUGAGGAAGUUGUUUAUCAAUCUUGCUUUCUCCGAUCUUGCCGUAGGGUUGAUUCCACAGUUAACAUUCGGUAUUAUCAACGCAACGAUGCUUAAAAUGGUGGCAAGUGAAAACCACAAUUUCGAUGUCUUUUGCCCCAUUAUUUUCACAUUUCAUCAUUUCUCUGCGUUUCUGCUGGCUUCAGCCUCAUUUUUUACCGUAACCGCCAUGGCUUUGGAUCGAUUUCUUGCAAUUUACCUCCAUUUGCGAUAUCAUGAGCUGGUCACAUCUAACCGCGUAACUGCAGUUUUGGCCGUGUUGUGGCUUCUAAGUAGUAUUUGCACUACCGUUGACAUUACAAUUCUUCACCAUUCCUAUAUGAUUGUGGCUAUUGAGGUGUUCGGACUGCUUGUCUCAACGGCUAUUUUCAUUUAUCUUUCAAGAGUUGUAAAAUAUCAUCAAAAUAUGAUACCAAAGCAAUGUGAGCUGGAAAAAGGCGGAGCAAUGGAGAAGCUUCGAGAAAAGAAGUCGUUUGUCAAUGCUUCAGUUGUUUAUGUUGUUUUUCUUGUUUGCUACGUUCCACACUUGUGUUGUGCAAUUGCGCUGAUGAACGAUGAAUUCCGUUUGUCCUACAGAGUAGCUCAUCAUGUCUCCGUAUUCUUAAUUUUUCUUAAUUCAUCCCUUAAUCCCUUGAUUUAUUGCUGGCGAUAUAAAGAGAUCCGCAAACAUUUGAAAAGAACUCUGAAAAAGGUCCUACGCAUCUAUUCGACAAUUUAG